AGAUUUAACGACAUAUAGCGUUGUUAAUUAUUACAUAGCUAGCUUAUUACAUAUAUAACUGGAUAACUAGCUAAUUUGAAGUAUAAGCGGGUAGCAAUAUUUGUCUCUCGUUAGCAAGCUAGGUUAGCCCAAACAGAUUACAACUGAACAGAAAGUGCAACAAACAUGAGAAAUCACAGCCAACUCCGCCAGUGAGCACUCAGGGGGAUGGUGUCGAGUGUUGCUGGUCAGUGUGUGUCUGUGAGCAGCGUGUCACUCAGGCAGUGUGAUUGACUAUGGCGGACAGAACUGACGACGAUGACGUCAUCCACCUGGUCAGCUUCAACAUCCACCGCAGCCAAGGUCGUCGGGAACGCAGGAGGAACUUCAUCACCAUAUCAGAUGACUCUGACGAGGAGCCGGUUACUCUGGACCCUGACGAUGAUGUCAGCAUACUAGAGCCCCUGAAUCCGUCACGGCGACGUGUGAUUCGUCCAGCAGCACUGUGGGGUGUGGCCUCUGAAGGCGAUGGGCCAAUCAUAGAGCUAAAAGAGGUUGAGGGUCAUCAGACUGCACCCCUUCCAUCGAGGUCACAGUACAGAGAGAGAGACACCUCCGCCCCAUCCACCUCACAGUACAGAGAGAGAGACUCCUCCGCCCCAUCCACCUCACAGUACAGAGACAGAGACUCCUCCGCCCCAUCCACCUCACAGUACAGAGACAGAGACACCUCCGCCCCAUCCACCUCACAGUACAGAGACACCUCCGCCCCAUCCACCUCACAGUACAGAGACAGAGACUCCUCCGCCCCAUCCACCUCACAGUACAGAGACAGAGACUCCUCCGCCCCAUCCACCUCACAGUACAGAGAGAGAGACUCCUCCGCCCCAUCCACCUCACAGUACAGAGAGAGAGACUCCUCCGCCCCAUCCACCUCACAGUACAGAGACACCUCCGCCCCAUCCACCUCACAGUACAGAGACAGAGACACCUCCGCCCCAUCCACCUCACAGUACAGAGACAGAGACUCCUCCGCCCCAUCCACCUCACAGUACAGAGACAGAGACACCUCCGCCCCAUCCACCUCACAGUACAGAGACAGAGACUCCUCCGCCCCAUCCACCUCACAGUACAGAGAGAGAGACUCCUCCGCCCCAUCCACCUCACAGUACAGAGAGAGAGACUCCUCCGCCCCAUCCACCUCACAGUACAGAGAGAGAGACUCCUCCGCCCCAUCCACCUCACAGUACAGAGAGAGAGACUCCUCCGCCCCAUCCACCUCACAGUACAGAGAGAGAGACUCCUCCGCCCCAUCCACCUCACAGUACAGAGAGAGAGACACCUCCGCCCCGUCCACCUCACAGUACAGAGACACCUCCGCCCCAUCCACCUCACAGUACAGAGACAGAGACUCCUCCGCCCCAUCCACCUCACAGUACAGAGACCCCUCCGCCCCAUCCACCUCACAGUACAGAGAGAGAGACCCCUCCGCCCCAUCCACCUCACAGUACAGAGAGAGAGACACCUCCGCCCCAUCCACCUCACAGUACAGAGAGAGAGACUCCUCCGCCCCAUCCACCUCACAGUACAGAGACAGAGACUCCUCCGCCCCAUCCACCUCACAGUACAGAGACAGAGACUCCUCCGCCCCAUCCACCUCACAGUACAGAGAGAGAGACUCCUCCGCCCCAUCCACCUCACAGUACAGAGAGAGAGACACCUCCGCCCCGUCCACCUCAACCCAGACCAGACCUCAACCCUUCACCAGGCCUGUCCUGCAGGAGGUCAAGUUAGUUUUGCUCCCUCAGGUCCAGCCUCCUGCACCUCCUCAGCCCCAUGCCCGGCCCCGAUCCCCCCUACAGCAGCUCCACCCUGGACCCCUCAACCAGCCCCGAUCCCCCCUACAGCAGCUCCACCCUGGACCCCUCAACCAGCCCCAUGCCCGGCCCCGAUCCCCCCUACAGCAGCUCCACCCUGGACCCCUCAACCAGCCCCAUGCCCGGCCCCGAUCCCCCCUACAGCAGCUCCACCCUGGACCCCUCAACCAGCCCCAUGCCCGGCCCCGAUCCCCCCUACAGCAGCUCCACCCUGGACCCCUCAACCAGCCCCAUGCCCGGCCCCGAUCCCCCCUACAGCAGCUCCACCCUGGACCCCUCAACCAGCCCCAUGCCCGGCCCCGAUCCCCCCUACAGCAGCUCCACCCUGGACCCCUCAACCAGCCCCAUGCCCGGCCCCAAUCCCCCCUACAGCAGCUCCACCCUGGACCCCUCAACCAGCCCCAUGUCCAGCCCCGAUCCCCCCUACAGCAGCUCCACCCUGGACCCCUCAACCAGCCCCCCCUGGAGCCCCAGGCUCUCCUCCUAACCCAGCCCCCCCCGGAGCCCCAGGCUCUCCUCCUAACCCAUGCCUUCCAGAUGCAACAACCCAGAACCCUUCAUCUCCAACCUGUUCCCCAGGUCGCUCCCCAGCCCGUGCCCGCUCCCCAACGGUGGCCUGCGGGCCCCUGUGGCGUCCCUGCCCCCGCCGUGCUGAUAGCUGCUGCCCCCGAGCGUCUGGGCCCCCCAGAGACCGGCCAUCGGAUCACCCUGGGCAGCCAGACUCCUGGGGGCCUCGACCCCCGGCCCGGAGCCCCGCUGCUGACACACAACCGCCCUCUGCCCCUGGAGCCACAGGUCGUGGUCGACCGGCCAGCCACUCAACCUCACUUCCCCAUCCCAGCUCUCGCUGUUCCCCUGAACCCUAACCCCAUAGUCCCAGCCCCUGUCGUCCCAGUCGUCCCAGUCGUCCCCAGGGCAGCGGAGGAGAGGGCAGGUCCCUCAGUCCAACAGGAGGUCCAGGAACCAGAGAGACCUCAUCUGCAGCCCCACGUCAGAGCACUGGUCAGAGGAGUGGUGGAUCUGUUUCCUGAUGUCCAGGAGAACUAUGUAGCAGAACUGAUCCAGACCAAUGACCUGAAAGAUCUCAAUGUUAUCUGUAACAUGUUGCUGGAGAACCCAGCCGUCCCUCAGAGAAAGAGUUCAGUCUCCGUGGCUCAUAGCAGCAUCCUGCUGGAACCCUGCGACGACAUCUCACAGUCUGCAGAGGACCUGUUUGACUACGGGUCGUUGAGUCAGGUGGGUCCGGAGGCGGCGAUGCAGGCAGCUGACCUCUUGAUGGGAGACUUCAGGAUGAUUUCCUGUCAGGACAUCAAAUGGAGCCUCAACGCCAUGAAGGGGCACUACGCAAUCACACGCAAGGCCUUAUGUGAAGCGGUGAAGCAGUUUCAGGACUCUGAGUCGUUAGAGAAGAGGAGACGCAGGAGACACACUGCUGAACGCUGCUAUAUAGACUUCAAGUAUCAACACGGUUCAGUGAAGUUGGAGAGGAGGAUGUACUUCCUGGAGAAGAAUCGUCGCGGUUGCAGGACGUACGGAGCGGCUCUGGACCCUUCGCUACACAGAGAGAUCACCUUCUAUCAGCAGAAAGCCAAGGAACAUGCUGAGCAUGAAGACUUCCUGUUGGCUCUGCAGGUUAAUGAGGAGGAGUAUGAGAAGGACGGACAGCUGAUAGAGUGUGGGUGUUGCUGUGGGGAAUUUGCCUUUGAGAAGAUGACCCAGUGUUCUGACGGACAUCUCUUCUGUAAAGAGUGUCUGGUUAAAUACGCCGAGGAGGCUGUGUUCGGGUCAGGACAGUCCUCUCUCAGCUGUAUGGAAGGAGACUGUUCCUGCUCCUUCCCGGUGUGCGAGUUGGAGAAAGUGUUACCGGAGACGGUGUUGUGUAAAUACUACGAGAGACAGGCCGAGGAGGCCGUGGCGGCUUCCUGCGCUGACGAACUCGUACGUUGUCCGUCCUGUAACUUCCCAGCGUUGUUGGAUAAAGGCGUAUCUCUGUUCAGCUGCCCCAACCCUCGCUGUCGGAAGGAGAGCUGUAGGAAGUGCCGUGUCCAGUGGAAGGAGCAUGCUGGGAAGUCAUGUGAUCAGGUCAUGGAACGAGAUGAGAUACGCAUGAGGGUGGCCUUUGAGGAGAGGAUGACGGCGGCGCGGGUCAGGAAGUGUGUGAAGUGUGGAACAGGUCUGGUGAAGUCUGAGGGCUGUAACAGGAUGUGGUGUCGUUGUGGAGGCUACAUGUGUUACCUGUGCCGAGAGCCAAUCAGUGGAUACAACCACUUCUGUCAACACGCCCGUUCACCUGGCGCUCCCUGUAGACACUGUCGCAAGUGUUCCCUCUGGACGGACCCCACGCAAGAUGACGAGCGCAUCAUUCAGGACAUUCAGACAGAGGGGGAGAAAGAACUCAACAAGAAGAACUCAGAGGCUUCAGGGAAGAGAGUGGGCCCGCCCCCGGAACCUGUGGUGGUUGCUAAGCGACCUCGAGCAGCCCACCCUCCACAGGCGGUGCGAGCGCCCUUAUUGGUCCCUCCUCGUGUCAUUUUGCCUCAUCGCCAGCCGUUGCCCCCCGCCCCCUACGUGCCCCCCCUCCUCCACCUGCCCCCCCUCAACUACCACCUCCCCCUCAACCAGGUCAACAACAACCCGAACAAUAUAGACAUCAACAUGCCCAUGCACUAUGGACCCCCCCCCCGCUACUACAGACCCCUAUAACCCCUCCUCCUCUACUACAGACCCCUAUAACCCCUCCUCCUCUACUACAGACCCCUAUAACCCCCCCUCCUCUACUCCAGACCCCUAUAACCCCCCUCCUCUACUACAGACCCCUAUAACCCCCCCUCCUCUACUACAGACCCCUAUAACCCCCCUCCUCUACUACAGACCCCUAUAACCCCCCCUCCUCUACUACAGACCCCUAUAACCCCCCCCCCCCCCCCCCCCCCC